AAGUUUCACAGUUAAGUUUCUUGAUUAAAAUACAAGGAACCGUGCAAGACACAUUAGUUAAAAUAGAGUAAAAUUGGAUAAAUUUAUGAGAUAAAUUUAGAUAUUAUCAAGGAAUAGGAUUUAUCAAAAUUUGGAUAUAAAAUUUCACUUCUGAUCUAAUUUCUUGCUUACUGUUGUUCACUGAGAAAAAUCACAUGUAUAUUUUUCAUUUGGAUAUCACUCAAAACAGAUGAAAGUAAGACUCAACAUUCGGAGUAUUUUGGGAAACUUAAUGAAAAAGACAAAUUAAUUAUUGGUUUUACGUGCAAAAGGUUAUUAGAACUAGACAGCAUAAAUAUACACCGCAUUAAGCAAAAGGUUCAAAGUGUACAACGAUAAAAAAUUUAACAAAAUUGAUUUGAUUCUGCUGCGUGUUAAAAAGAAAUCAAAAAAUGACAAAAGUAUUUUAUAUGGACUUCACGGACGAGCAGAGAGUAAAAUCUACAAUUUUUUAUAUGACAGUAUCUUUUAUCAUAUAUUUGGGAGUUUAUAAAAUUCUUCGAAAGAAAGUAAAUGUUUCUCCAGAAUAUGAGAUCAGACUAUUAACAUUUUUUCAUGGACUCUUCUGCAGCAUAUGUGCGCUACACUAUGUCAUGCUUCCUGCACUCGGCUAUUAUGAAGUUAAAUCAAUUCCAUUUCGGCUAAUACUGUCAAAUAGCUUUGGAUACUUCUUACUGGAUUUGUUGUGGUGCUUUAAGCAUGGAGAGACAGGAGCAAUGAAAUUUCAUCACAUAGUGACAGUUACAGGAUUAAUUUACUUCUCAUUUAAAUUGACACAGCACUAUUAUAUUCUUUUUGCUCUUGGAAUAACGGAAGUCACAAAUCCUUUACUUCAAAUCAGAUGGUACUUAAAAUUUCAUGAAAUGCGCGAUAGCCUUGCGUUCAAAAUCAUAGAAAGUGUCUUCAUUAUUGCUUUCUUUUACAUACGAGUAUUUGUAUGUACAUACUAUACGUAUUUAUCGUGGACAGAGCCGAAAUAUAAUUUCACGGGUGAUGACUUGUUUUUCAUCACAUUAGGAUUGCUUGUCGGUUACAGCCUUUCAUAUCAAAUGUUUGGAUAUAUAAUGUAUCAAGUGAAAAAGUCUAAAAAUAGUGAGAAAGUAGAGAAAUAUGAGUAGGUGUUUAGAAUUUGUAAGAGAAGAGCUUAAAGCUUGCAGCAUGAAACAAAUAAAAUAAAUUGUUAAUACUUAUUAGUCAAUAUGAUCGCAG